UCAGGGGUUAUACGUAAUAGCUGCACGUGGCCUCGGUGUUCAUCUCCGUCACAUUGGCCCUUAAGCUUUAACAACAAAAAUUCCGCUAAGGGCGGCUCCGGCGAAAGCACACAAAACGAGUGGCCAGAAGAGAGGUCAGUUUCGGAUGGAGAUAUAUUCUUAAUUGUUCUGUGUUCAUGUGUAAUUCUGUAUAUUGCUCUUUGGUGGUGACUGCUGUUGUGUUUCAGGCGCGUGAUGUGCGGGCGUGAGUGAGGGCUUCCUACAACACGCUCCCUGUGCUCUGCCAACCAACACAUGCUUUGCUUCUGCCCCAUCCACCACCACCACCAUCACCUAUCCGUCGAAGAAACAGCUCCCCUCACCCCACAAGGACUCAUGCAUAAGAACAUAAGAAGGUAAGGAGUCUUCAAGAGGCCGACUUGACGGAAACACCUCCAAACUUCCCCACCACCAUCACCACCUCGACCCUCAGGGAACACCUUGCACCUCGGGCUGCCCACACCUGUAGGAUGUAAACCCCACCCGGCCCCGCUCACCCCGGCCUUGGUGGCCUUGGUGGUGAUGACCUUGGCAAAGGUUGAGACCCUUGUGACCCGCCUCAGCGCCGCGUAGCCAGUGUUGAAGGAACAAUGUUCAAGGGCUCACAACCCUCGGUGGCGGCGGCGGUGGCGAAGGGGGUGAACCCAAGACUCCUGAGGGUGGUGAAGACCCGCCCCGCGUCGCUGGUCACCUCCGUGAGAUGGCGGACAUUUUGAGCCGCCCCUGCACGUCCCCCUGACCGACAUGCGGGACGCGGGCGGCGGGCCGAGGCGGGAGCGUUCUCCUGAGGGUGAAAGCUCCCGAACAACCUCCCGGCGAACCUCGGAGUCGGAAAACGAGAACGAGAGCAAUGUUAGCGAGACGCCGCAGCUCACCCAGCGAGACCCUGAGACCAUGCUGGAGACCUACAAUGCCGAGGACUUCGUGGACGGGGAUGUUGAGGAGGAAGAAGAGGAGGAGGAGGAGGAAGAGGAGGAAGACGCUUUGGAGCUGGUGGUGGAGACGCUGACGGGCGUGUCCUACCGCGUCAGGGUAUCUCAGUGGGACACCGCGGCGGGCCUCAAGGACCUCCUCUAUCGCACGCAAGGCAUCCAGCCCAGCUACCAGCACCUCCUCCUGGGCGACCGCGAGUUGCUGGACGACGCGUGCCUCAUCGACCAGCAGGUGACGGACGGCUCGACGCUGCGGCUGGUGCUGGCAGUGCGCGGCGGGCCCAUCAACGCCCGCCGCCUUCAGACCCACGAAGAUCAGUUCCUGCGUGAGCUCAGCGACUACAUGGACUCCAACAGCCAGGAGGGCGUGGAGGGCGUGGGCGGCGGGCGGACGAUGACGCUGCUGCUGUACCGCGACGAGGACAACGUCGUGGUGUAUCGCAUGGUGGACAACAAGGACGGCACCUACUCCCCCCUCAACGAGUCCUGGGGCUCCUCCGGCAGCGGUGGUCGUGGCGGCGGGGCGGACAACACGUCGCCGCGCACAACCCAGCCGACGGAGGAGGAGCGGCGCACGAUGGCGCGAAUGGCGGAGUUGCGCGCGCAGAUGGAUAAACUCAAGCUGCGCAAGAAGAAGAAGAAGAGGAAGGUUGUGACGGGCAGCAAUCAGACGUCUCUGAGCAGCAGCCUCAGAUCGGUGCCCGGACGCCUGGAUGACGCCUUCACGCCGCGCCUGGACUUGGGGGAAAGCGGGGGCCUGUCGGGCGGGGGCGGCUCUCUACAGACGCCGAGGAAGCGCAGCGGCGGCGUGAAGCGGCUGGUGGGCGUGAGGCGGGGGUCGCGGCCCACCACGCAGGAGCGUCUGGAGUACCUCAAGUCGAGCCACGGCCGGCCGAUGCUGCGGGAGCUGCCCAUGGCCAACCCGCCCGUGCCUGUAGACUUCUCGCGCCGCAAGCCCCUGGAGGCCAUCCGUUCCCAGGUGGGCCGCGGCCGCCUCGAGGCUGUGGACGAGUUACGGGGCAAGGGGAGCACACCGAAGACAGGGGGGCGGCAGUCCCGCGCGUCGACAAGCACGCAGCACGAGGCCUGGCCCUCGCGGGACGCCCCCAAGCCGCCCCUCCACAUGCUGCCGGAGAUUCCCCCCAGCAAGCACAGUCGCUACGACCACGACCGCCUCAACCACUCUCACAACCAGGAGCUGCUGCGGCCCCCGCGGCACACGGCGAGUCGCCGCCCCAAGACCUCCCCCGAGGUGCUGGAGCGGAUGCCCGGCACGCUGAGGGACGGCGCGGGGGAGCGUUUUACGCUACGGCAACCUGACGACCGCCUACGGGAGCUGUGCUCGAUCCUGGAACCUUCUCGAGGCAGCGAGUCACGGCAGUCCCAGCGGCUCGGAAGCUCCCCUUCUGAGGGUGUACUACCCCCGCUUAACCUGUCCUCCAGCCUUACGGGGGGGGCCCCGCCCCCUCGCAGCCACAGAAGUAACUCAGUGGUGUCCCUCUCUCGGGCUUCACUCCGCACGCGCGGGGCCACGCCGCCCUCCCCUGGCCAGGGCGCCUUGGUCACCUCGGGUUCACGUGAGCGACGGGACGCCCUGCGGAGUCUCAUGCGUAGCCAGGGUGGGGUUACGUCCCGGCCAAACAGCGGCAGAACGGCGCCAGCCCCGGCACUUCUGCCUCCAGUCACGCCCAAGCGCCGCAAGGCCCACAGGAAGCCACGCUGCGAGCAGUGUUCGCGCCGCCUGGGUCUGUCCAGCACCUACGAGUGUCGGUGCGGCGGCGUGUUCUGUGCCCAGCACCGCUACGCCGAGGAGCACACUUGCACCUUCGACUACCGCGGGACGGGGCGCGCGAUGCUGGCCGUGGCCAACCCGCUGGUGGCGCCCAACAGGGUGCCCAAGAUGUGAGGACGCGGCGACCCUGGGGACGAGAAAGAAAAAAAAGAGAG